UGUUAUUGUGUAACACAGUCAGCUUUCCCCUCUGCUUUGCUGUGUGGUUAGAUUCAGCUGUCCAGAGCCCGCCGGAGCCAGAACCUGUGGGUCGGACUCUGGCUUCAUGCGGAACAAUAAGGAGUGAGUCAUACGAGGCAGCCGACAAAUCAGCGCGCAGCGUCUCUCCAGGAAACACCGCCGGCUCUCCAGCUGCGCACCUGCGGCCGCCAACAGCCGGAGAUCCUCGGAGGGCCUGACGGAGCACGAACACCUUCAUCUUCAUCUUCAUCGUCACCUCAACGAGCUGCGCGCAGGAGCAGCGAUGGUUUGCGGCGGGUUCGUUUGCACCAAGAACGCACUGUGCGCCCUCAACAUCCUUUAUGUGCUGGUGAGCCUGCUGCUGAUCGGCGUGGCGGCCUGGGGCAAAUGGUUCGGCCUGGUGUCCAGCAUCAGGGUGGUGGCAGGGGUCAUCGGCGUGGGCGUCUUCCUGUUCAUGGUGGCCUUUGUGGGGCUGUGCGGCGCCCUGAAGCACCACCAGGUCCUGCUCUUCUUUUACAUGAUUAUUCUCUUCGCAGUGUUUGUGUUGCAGUUUUCAGUGUCCUGUGCGUGUCUGGCCCUCAACAAAGACCAACAGAACCGUCUGCUGGAGGUCGGAUGGAACAAAUCCGAGGCCACGCAGAAGGACGUGGAGAAGACGCUCAACUGCUGCGGCUUCUAUCAUGUCAACUACAACGGCUCGUGUGCUGCAAGCUGCUUCAACAGCCCGUCUCCGUCCUGUGACCCCUGCUCAGUCCUGAUCCAGCAAUACGCCGGGCAGGUGCUGCAGUUCGUGGGUGGCAUCGGCCUCUUCUUCAGCUUCACGGAGAUCCUGGGAGUUUGGCUCACCCACAGAUACAGGAACACCAAAGAUCCUCGAGCCAAUCCUGGAGCCUUUCUGUGAGACAAACCCCAAACUGUGCUGCUCAGUGGCUCCAUGAACCGCCGUGUGUUUGUAACAACGACUGAAUACAUCAGGAGUCAGUGGCUGAGACCGACGCCACAGCAGCAGCUUCUCAGUUUGUAGUUAGCGCUCACACAGAAGAUCAGCAGCUCCUCACCUGUCUGUUGUCUGUUCGCUUCACGCUGUUUUCACCAUAAGAGUCUAAUAAAAGUAAAUAUUUCAAGCA